UUUUAGAGACUUCACCAGGUGUUUCUGAUGUGACGUUAGUGGAAAAGGAGCCAGCUGAUCGCCAUGCAAUUAUUUCAUGGGAACAAUUUUAAACGUAGGCGCUGUUCUUGCAGACACAACUUGGAAUUAGAAGUGGUGAAAGUGCAGCAUGAAAUAAUAAAUAUUUAGAACUGAGAAGAACCCAAAGAAUAAGGUGUGUUGCUAAAGGCAUUUGAAGAACUUCAGAUAUGUCCAUGUGGUUUAGUAAUGUUCUCAAACUUACCACCAGGCCCUUGGCCAUCAGCGGACUCUCAUCAAAUGACAAAAAAUGCCUGCAUAUUGCCAGAGGAUUUAAAGAACUUCUAUCUGAUGACUGAUGGCUUCCAGAUGACUUGGAGUGUAAAAGUUGAUGAUACCCCAGUACCCCUGGGCUCCAUGGUGAUUAAUAGUAUCUCGAGGCUUUGUCGGCUUGGAGGUUCCUCCAUGUACACCGUGCCUAAUGCACCAUCUCUUGCUGACCUGGAAGAUGACACAGAUGAGGAGGGUAAUGAAGACAAACCAGAGAAACCACACUUUGAUUCUCGUAGUCUUAUUUUUGAAUUAGACCCAUGCAAUGGGAAUGGGAAAGUUUGUCUUGUUUAUAAGCGCACUAAACCAGUUGUAUCCCCAGACACAGAAAUAUGGUUCCUAGACAGAGCUCUGUAUUGGCAUUUCCUCACCAAAUCCUUCACAGCCUACUAUCGCCUGCUCAUCACUCACCUGGGUCUGCCACAGUGGCAGUAUGCCUUCACCAGCUAUGGAGUCAGUCCUCAAGCCAAGCAAUGGUUUAACAUGUAUAAACCCAUAACAAUCAACACAACUCUUCUCUCUGAAGAAGCUGAUUCCUUUGUAAACAAGCUGGACCCCAAUAAGAUAUUUAAAAGCAAGAACAAAACUCCAGUGAUGAAAAAGAAACAACCCUCCCAGCCAGCAGGUGUCCAAAAGAGCAACACUAAUAUGCCCUCUACCAAGACUUCCUCACUAACUGGAAAUUCUUCAAGGAAGCGAGACCCACAGAUCUGACCCUGAAAAAAGCAAGAAGCUUUGAUGUUUUCUGAUGCAGAAUCUCAGUGGUUCAAACAAGCUCCAUUUGUGUGAAUAGGAUGCAGGAUUUGCAUGAAAUAUAACCAUAGAAUCACAGAAUCAUAGAGUACCCCAAGUUGGAAGGAUCAUGAACUCCAACACCUGGUUCUACGCAGGACCACCCAAAACUCAGCCAUAUCGAUGAUGACACUUCUUGAGCUCCGUCACACUUAGUGCCAUGACCACUACCCUGGGGAGCCUGUUCCAUGCUCACCACCUUCUGGCGAAGAACCUUUUCUAACACCCAUUUGCCCCUUCCCUGACACAGCUCCAUGCCAUCCGCUCCCUGUGAGGAGCUGCAAGCCAUCAGGGCUUCCCUGAGCUCCUCUGCACUGGACUGAACCAACCAAGGGACCUCAGCCACUCCUCACACACCUUGCCCUCUGGACCCUUCAUGGGAGGGGUGUAUUUCCAGGCAACUUGGAUAACAAACCUUGAGACAUUGAUUUAAUUCCCUCCUGCUUGCAGUAUGUACUUUUCAAAGGGCAUGAAGAAGCCCUUGAUGUCACUGCUCUGUAGGGAACCUGUUAUUCCUGUAUAACUACAGCAAUGAAAUGAAAGUAAACGUAAGUCACUGUUACUUUAACAGAUCACUUAUGCUGAAUUGCAGAGUAUAUUUCUAUCAUUUCCUUUCAAAGUAAGUGUCCUGACCUUGCAUGCUAUGGGAGCAGGCUGGAACCCACAGAACAAAGAAAUAUCUUCCACUUCAGACAGACUCAUACUCUACAUUUCCUGCGCUCCUUCCAACUUCUGCUCUGAUUUACACUGAAGAGUAGCCCAGGGCUUCCGUGUCUCUGUCUUGGCCUAGAGACACUUGCUCUACAGUUCAGACCACUUCUUAGCCUUUGUACCAUUUCUUUUCAGAUAGUGAUGUCUAUAUGAUGUCCUUUCCAAUUAGCCUGCCAGCAAUCAGAACCUGCACGGUCCUUCGUUUUCUCCACUUCCUCCUUUUGUGGGAAAUGCUGAGGAAGGGCAGCAGAGUCCUGUGAGCCAGGAGGACCCCUUGGUUUUCUGUACUGGAUGUUUUCAGGGUAGAACUGCACUUUAGCACACUGAUUUUUAAUGUUCAGUUGCAUCCAUUUCCAUUACUUUCAUGUGCUGGUUUGUCCUCUUAAAUAUGCUGUAACCACCUGGUAGCAUGUUUUAUGUCUAAGCAGGGAAAUAAAAGUCACCAUCUCCAAAUAAGAGUUGAUUAUUUAAAUAACAGCAUUUUUUUUAUUUAUGAAAUGCUCACAUAAUUACAUAAGACCAACCUACCUCACAGGGAUGUUGUGAGUCUUUUGCAAAUGUUUGUAUGGUCUUCAGGAAGAUGAAGCCACCCUGUUAAAUGCUUAAUAGUAUUUUAAUAAAGAUUUAAAUAUUUUC